AUGGAGAACCCUAGCACACCUGACAAUCUUCAAGAUGGGUAUGUUCGUGUUACUGGAAGCGAUGCAAAUAGUUCUCCUGAUGGCGAGGCUUUCUGGGACUUACUUAUCAACCAGCGUGAAGGAAUGAUCGAUAUUCCGUCAAGUCGAUGGAACAGCGAAGGCUUCUGCGAUCCACACGGGCGGCCUGGCACCACAAAGGCCAAUAAGGGGAACUUUCUGGGAAGCAUUGAUCCAGCAGACUUCGAUGGAAGCUUUUUUUCAAUGUCAGCGGCACAGAUUGCCAAGGUCGACCCACAACAUAGGAUCCUGUUGGAGACUACAUACGAGGCACUUGAGAAUGCUGGAGAGAGUAACUUUAGAGGCAAGAAGGUAGGUGUUUACGUGGGCAUGUUUGCCGACGAUUAUGUCGAAAUGCAAUCGAAGGAUUCAGAACCUCAUGAAUUCCUAUCUCUCACAGGCCACUUGGAUCUCUUUGGAAGUAACCGUGUUUCGCAUGAAUUCGAUUGGACUGGGCCUAGUAUGACAAUUAAGACAGGAUGCUCUGCAUCAUUGGUAUGUCUUGAUCAGGCAGUCAAGGCACUGAAUGCUGGAGAUUGUGAGGCUGCAAUCGUUGGAGGUGCCAACCUCAUCAUGAGCCCUGCUCUAUCCUGCGCGCUGGCCGCGCAGGGAGUUAAUUCUGCGGACGGACGGUGCCGCUCAUUUGAUGCAAAGGCAACCGGCUAUGGAAGAGGAGAGGCUGUAUCUUCCCUCCUUGUGAAGCGUUUGGACGACGCUCUGAGGGACGGGAAUCCCAUCCGCGCGAUCAUCCGGUCAACUGUUUGCAACGACGACGGCAAAACACCGGGAAUCACCCAACCCAAUACGGUCGCUCACGAGGCUCUGAUUAGGCACGCAUACCGUGCUGCAGGAAUUCCAGAGGAAGAUUUCAACAAAACCGGAUUUUUUGAGUGCCACGGAACGGGCACUGCCGUCGGUGACCCAAUUGAGGUCGGCGCUGUGGCUCGAGUUUUCGGCAAGGAUGGCAUGAUAAUUGGAUCAGUCAAAUCCAACAUUGGGCACUCGGAAGGCGCGAGUGGAAACACGUCAGUCAUCAAGGCCAUCUUAUCAAUGGAGCACCAGAUCAUCCCACCAAACGUAAACUUUGAAACACCUAAUCCGAAGAUUCCUUGGAAAGAAGCAAACCUCAAGGUCCCUACUGAAUGCAUGAAGUGGCCAUCGGAUCGUCUAGAGAGAGCAUCAGUAAACUCUUUCGGUAUUGGCGGGAUGAAUGCACACGUUAUCUUGGAAUCAGCAGCUGCUCAUGGAGUGAAUAGACCGAAGUUGCUAUCCGCCGAGCAAAAGCCGAGGCUUUCCCUGCUUCUGUUCACUGCGAAGAGUGACCUCUCUCUUCAAAAAUCAAUUGAUAAGCACGCAGAAUAUAUUCAGAAACACGGCUCAUCGCGACUGGGCGAUAUUGCGUAUACACUCGGUACGCGGAGGGAGCACCAUGAGCACCGCACCUUCUGCGUUUCCGACGGCGAAGAGCCCCUUGUGGCUCUACCAUCCUUGAGAACCAAAAUGACUAAUCGAUCCACUGUUUUUGUAUUCACUGGUCAGGGCGCUCAGUGGGCGGAGAUGGGAAAGGACUUGAUAGAAGACUUUCCUUCCGUCAAAGAAAAUAUACAGGAGAUGAACAAAAUCUUGCAAGAAUGCCACACCCCGCCAUCGUGGAACAUACUCGAGGAACUGAGCAAGUCAAAAAUGCGAAGCCAGAUCUCAAAAGCGGAAUUUUCUCAGCCAUUGUGCACUGUCAUCCAAAUCGCUCUGGUCGACCUCUUCCGUACGUGGAACGUCAAGCCCGAUGCUGUCGUCGGCCAUUCAAGCGGAGAGAUCGCCGCAGCAUAUGCGACGAAUGGACUUACAAAGAAGGAAGCAGUCCUCGCAGCUUACUUCAGAGGCCUGAUCACUAGCAAAAAGCUGGCUGAGGGAGCAAUGGCCGCUGUAGGACUUGGUCCGGAUCAGGUCCGAAAGCUUUUAAAGCCAGGAGUAGUGGUUGCGUGUGAGAACAGUCCAAGUUCAACUACAAUUUCUGGCGACCGCAAUGCAGUUGAGGAAUUCAUCGCCAACCUUCGCGAGGAAUCACCUGAUGUCUUUGUGCGCCCUCUGCAAGUCGACAAUGCCUAUCAUUCUCAUCACAUGCAAGUCUUUGGCGAUGAAUAUGAAAAGGCCCUUUCAGAUGUUUCGGCAACCAAUCAACCCGACAUUCCCUUCUUCUCAUCAGUUACUGGUGAGGUCAUCAAUUCGGCAAACACAUUCACCCCGUCAUACUGGCGAAGCAACCUUGAGAACCCAGUGUUGUUCAGCACAGCAGUCCGCAACAUCAUUAAGUCUGACCUGGAAAACCCAGUUUUCCUCGAGAUUGGGCCCCAUUCAGCCCUUGCUGGGCCUCUUCGUCAAAUCUUCGCCGCCGACAAUGCGAACUUGUCCUACGUCUCUAGUUUGGCGCGCGGUCAGGAUGAUACCGAGUCCGUGUAUAAUGCUGUCGGAAAUCUUUGGAGAAACAACAUCAAUGUCGAUCUGAACGCCCUAUACCCUACCGGCUCAGUGUUGACUGAUCUUCCGACCUACUCCUGGGACCAUUCGGUCAAGUUCUGGGCUGAAAGCCGCAUGUGCAGUGAGUGGAAGAGCCGGAGCUUCCUUCCACAUGAAACACUCGGUGUACGGUUGCCCGGAAGUAGUCACCUUAUGCCUACCUGGAGAAAAGUCUUGCGUCUUGGCGACGUGCCUUGGAUACGCGACCAUGUCAUUGGCUCUGAUACCGUAUUUCCUGCUGUUGGAUACGUUUCCAUGGCAGGUGAAGCUAUCAGACAGCUUUCAGGACGCUCUGAUUACUCUCUUCGUGAAUUUUCGAUUCGUAGUGCUAUGAUCGUCAAUGACACCCGGCCCGUCGAUGUCGUCACCACUUUCAAGCGCUCAAAAAUCACCACGACCAUCGAUACGGACUGGUGGGACUUCCGUAUCACUUCAUUCAACGGCUCCACCUGGAGUGAGCACUGCUCAGGGCAGGCAAAAGCAGGCCCAGGUCGUCCGAAUAUGCGGCCGGAACCUCAGCCUGACUAUCUGAGAAAGGUCUCAGCCGAUGGUUGGUACCGGAUUAUGGAAAGAAUUGGAUUCACGUACGGUCCUGCCUUCAGAAACAUGCGAGACAUCUCAGCGAAUCCGAUCGCACACGAAGCAGUGUGCACUGUUGACAACUUUUCGGAUGAAACCGGGUCCUUCUACGAAGUGCAUCCACGCAUAUUGGACAAUCUGCUCCAGCCAAUGACUGUCUCCAUGUACCAAGGCAACCCGUCACUGUUCAACCAACUUAGUAUGCCUACAUAUAUUGGGGAACUCUAUAUCUCCGGAGGUAUGAAGGAGAUCAGAGUGACGACUAAGGCUUGGCAAGACUUGAUGGGAUCCUGGUGUGGUAGUUCACUAGGCACAGCUGACGGCAAGCUUGUUUGCGAGAUGAAGGGCCUCAAAUUUUCGCCUCUAGGCGAAAGUGAAGAGCAAAAAGAGGAGCUAAAGAACACUGUUCAGGUCGUUUGGAAGCCUGAUGUUGAUUUCUUGGAUCUUGAGGAUCUCGUUCGCGCGCCAGUCAACAUAACACAGCCUACUGCCCAGCUCGAGAAGUAUUUCUUCCUCCGUGCGAUUGAUACUGUCAAGAUUAUGGACAGCGUUGAGGAAGUCAAACUACCUCAUGGAAAGAAGUUCCGAACAUGGCUCAAAUCGUAUGUUGACAAGGUAUCUCGAGGUGAUCACGUUAUCCUCCCCGAGGGCCCUCAACUAGCUUCUCUUUCUGAAGACAAGCGCAAUGCCUUGGUUCGUGAGCUGCAACAGGAGCUUGCAGCAUCUAAGUUGACGCCCGCUAUGGAAACGGCAAUUCGACGAGUCCAUGAGAAUGCAAAGGCCCUUCUUGAAGGCACUGCAGAGAACAUUGUCUACCUCAUGGAGGAUAACAUCUUGAUGCAGAUCUAUGCCUUUUUCAACUUGUGCUGGGACUAUGCUCCUCUUUUAGAGGUCCUUGGUCAUUGUAAACCAACGAUGAAGAUUCUUGAGAUCGGAGCUGGUACUGGAGGUACCACCACGAACUUGCUUCAAGGACUCAUUUCCGAAUUUGGAGAGCGUUUGUAUUCCAGAUACGACUAUACAGAUAUCUCAGCUGGGUUCUUUGUCGCCGCGAAAGAGCAUUUCAAGGAAUACCAGGGCAUUGAGUAUUCAGUCCUUGACAUCAGUAAGGACCCGCUGACACAAGGGUUUGAAGAAGGCUCGUACGACCUCAUCAUCGCAGCAAAUGUUCUUCAUGCGACGCCUUCGAUUCAAGAAACUCUGGCGCGGGUGAAGAAGCUGCUACACCCUGGCGGCCGACUGAUGCUCCAGGAGAUGGAUAUGCCCGCCAAGUGGGUCAACUUCAUCAUGGCUGGUUUCUCUGGUUGGUGGCUUGGUGAGGAAGAUGGUCGCGUGGAUGAGCCAUACAUGACUCCAGACAGAUGGAAUCUUGAGCUCAAGGCCGCUGGCUUCACUGGUGUGGACGCGAAAUGGUACGAUACCACGCCGCCAUUCCAAAUAUCCGCCACCAUGAUCUCUUCACUUGUCCAACCGACGCCCGCCAGGAAAAGUGUUUCCUUUUUGUAUCGUGGAGAUUUCGAUGCACGGUUAGAGUCGUACCGGGCCACUUUCGAGGCCAAUGGUCACUCGGUUCAGCCAGUACCCUUUGGAAGCCCUCUCCCCGUCAAUCAGGAUGUCGUUUCCUUUUUAGAGCUUGAUUCACCUUUCUUCCACGACAUAAAACAGUCCGAUUUCGAGUACUGGAUUGAGAUGGUCGGCAGAAUGGGCGCUGAAAAUUGGCUCUGGAUUACGCAAACAGCAUCCAUGGGCGCAACGGAGCCUGGUUUUGCCAUGUCUCUUGGCUUCGUGCGUACUCUCCGCUCAGAGAAGAAGAUCAGCAUUACAACCCUUGAGAUCGAUGAAGUAAACGCCCCUAGCAGCUCACAGAGGGUCGUUCAGGUCUAUGAAAAGAUUAACAGCCCACCGCCUGACGAUGAUAUGGAGCCUGACUUUGAAUUUGCUAUCAAAAACGGAGUUAUUCAUCUGCCGAGGUAUCAUUGGAUCUCCGUUAAGGAUGAACUUGAGAAAGCUGCCGAAGAGAUCGAGAACAAGCAUCUCUGUAUCGGCCAGAAGGGCUCCAUCAAUGGCUUGCGCUGGGAGGACAAUGUAGCUGUCAGUCGACCAUGUGGGCCCGACGAAAUCGCUGUUCGUCCGCAUACCGUGGGCGUGAACUUUAGGGAUAUCGUCCAAACGCAAGGCCUCAUUGAUAGUAGCGAUCUUGGAGGAGAAUGUUCUGCCAUCGUGACUGAAGUUGGUUCAGAAGUUACAGAAUUCAAAGUUGGCGAUCGCGUCUUUGGCAUGGUUCCUCAAAGCUACUCGAACCGCGUACUCAACAAAGCCGUGCUCUUCGCUAAAGUCCCAGAUAAUUUGACCAUGGUUGAGGCGGCUACGAUGCCUACUACCUAUCUGACGGUGAUAUUUGCUUUGCGACAUGCUCGCCGAUUAAAUAAGGGUGACACGAUCCUGAUUCACUCUGCUGCUGGAGGUGUAGGUAUCUCAGCCAUCAACAUCGCCAAGAUGAUUGGUGCCAAGAUCUUCGCAACAGUUGGCACUGAGGAAAAGGUCGAGUUCCUUGUCAACAACUUUGGGAUUCCACGUGAGCAAAUCUUCGACUCUCACAGCAACGCCUUCCGCACAGAAAUCCUUGCAGCUACCAACGGACGUGGUGUCGACAUUGCUCUCAAUUCUCUCGCUGGUGAAAUUUUACACGAAACCUGGCAGUGCAUUGGCGGCUUUGGUGCGAUGAUUGAAAUCGGAAAGCGCGACUUCUACGGGCACGGGAAAAUAGACCUCAUCGGCUUCACAGACAACCGCAGCUUCAUCGGCUUGGAUGCUCACCAUAUCCAGGAUUCGCGGCCAGAUUUGUGUGGAAGACUCCUUCGCGAGAUAGCUGAGUUGAGGUCCGCAGGACAUAUUCAACCGAUCCAGCCAAUCAAGAACUUUGGCGUAACAGAGAUUGCAGAGGCAUUCCGUUACAUGCAAAAGGGCACACACAUAGGCAAGAUCACGGUUACUAUGCCUGAAGAUCCCAAAGUGUUCAAGGACAUCACCUGCAAGAAACAACAUCCCAAACUCGACGUCCAUCCAGAUUACUCAUAUCUGCUGGUUGGUGGUCUGGGAGGUAUUGGUCGCUCCAUCGCUCUGUCGCUCGUUCUCAAUGGAGCCAAACACCUCAUAUUCAUCUCGCGUUCCGGGAGGUCAUCAAAGAAUGAGCACUUCCUCCAAGAGCUUGAGGUUCUCGGAUGCUCUGUGCAGGUAUUGGCAGGAUCGGCUGCGGAUCUCGACUUGGUCAAGCAUGCGGCUAAGACAGCUACAAAGCCUAUCCGUGGUGUCAUCCAGCUUGCCAUGGUGCUGAAAGAUCAAGCCAUUGGAUCAAUGACCUGGGAUGCAUGGAAGGCAGCCACUGAGCCCAAAGUCACCGGCACGUGGAACCUACACCACGCAAUACCUGACGUUGAUUUCUUCGUCAUGUUCUCUUCGAUAAGCGGCUUGAUGGGUCAAAUUGGCCAGGCAAAUUACGCAGCAGCAAACGCCUUCCUCGACGCUUUCACGCAGUAUCGCCACAGUCUUGGGCUUCCCGCUUCCGUCAUCGACUUGGGUGUCAUGGAGGACGUUGGGUUCGUCGCCUCGACCGAAAACUUGCUCGAUUACUUCAAAUCACAGUCAACCACCACAUUGACUGAGAAGGAUAUCUUCGAUAUCGUGAGGCUUGCCAUCUCCCGCUCAAGCCCUGCUUUGACUUGGAAGGGCGAUGGCUUCUCGAACCAGGGCCAGUUUGCUCCAGGCGUCCGCGCUACUCUCUCAAUGUACGACCCCAACAAUCGCGUGAUCUGGAAGUACGAUCGCCGUUUCGCCAUCUCACGAACGCUUGAUGUGGAGAAUAGUUCCGUGUCCUCUACAUCAUCCAAUCUGAAGGCCUACAUAUCCGGCCUGAGUUCUGCAUCCGAUGAAAGCGUUGAAUAUGUAGCCAAGGAAAUCGGCAAGACACUGUUCGGAUUCCUGAUGCGGGCUGUUGAUGACAUGGACAUUGAUGAGUCACUGAGCUCUAUUGGAUUGGAUAGUUUGGUAGGCAUUGAACUGAGGAAUUGGACCAAGCAGCAACUUGGGUAUGAGAUUAGUAUUCUUGAGCUGAUGCAGAGUACACUAAGGGACUUGGCAAAGGGCGCUGUAGAUUCUAUUCUUGCUAAGCAGAAGUAG